AUGGCGGACCCCAAGAUCAAGUGGAGCGCUCCGCUCGUCAGGAAGCAGUUCUUGGAGUUCUUUGAGAAAAAGGGACACACCAUAGUGCCCUCUUCCUCGGUGGUACCCCACAAUGAUCCAACCCUCCUCUUCACGAAUGCUGGGAUGAACCAGUUCAAGCCCAUCUUCUUGGGCACGAUUGGCAAGACCGAUGACAUGGCGCAGUUGAAGAGAGCGGUGGACACGCAGAAGUGUAUACGUGCGGGAGGCAAACACAACGAUCUGGAUGAUGUUGGAAAGGACGGUUAUCAUCACACCUUUUUCGAAAUGUUAGGGAACUGGUCUUUCGGCGACUACUUCAAGAAAGAGGCUAUUGAGAUGACAUGGGAACUUCUUACAAAGGUCUACGGCCUCGACCCCGAUCGCCUCUAUGUCACCUACUUCGAGGGGAACGAGGCUUCUGGUCUGGAACCGGAUCUGGAAGCGAAGGAGCUAUGGCUAAAGGUUGGCGUGGCUGAGGACCACCUGUUGCCCGGAAACAUGAAGGACAAUUUCUGGGAGAUGGGCGACCAAGGACCAUGCGGACCCUGCAGCGAGGUUCACUACGACAGGAUAGGAGGCCGGAAUGCUGCUCACCUUGUCAACAUGGACGACCCUAAUGUCCUCGAGAUUUGGAACAACGUCUUCAUCCAGUUCGAUAGGCAAAAGGACAGGUCACUGAAGACUUUGCCAGCUAAGCACAUUGAUACUGGUAUGGGAUUUGAGCGACUGGUGUCUGUGCUGCAAGGCAAAUUGUCCAACUACGACACCGAUGUUUUCACGCCUCUAUUCGACAGAAUACAAGAGGUCACGCAGGCCAGGCCAUAUACCGACAAGUAUGGCAAGGAUGACGUUGACGGUAUCGAUACUGCUUACCGUGUCAUUGCCGAUCACAUUCGAUUACUGACAUUUGCCAUAUCUGAUGGAGGCGUCCCCAACAACGAAGGAAGAGGAUAUGUGGUUCGUCGUGUGUUGCGCCGUGGAUCUCGAUAUGCGCGAAAGUACUUCAAUGCUGAGAUCGGCAGCUUCUUCUCUAAGAUUCUGCCAGCUCUGGUUGCCCAGAUGGGUGAGCAGUUCCCAGAUAUAGUAAAGAAGCAACAAGAUGUCAAGGAGAUUCUGGAUGAAGAAGAGGAAGCGUUUGCUAGAACCUUGGAUCGUGGCGAGAAGAUGUUUGAGAAGUACGCUGCUCAUGCCAUCAAGACCGGUACGAAGAAACUCUCCGGUGCGGAUGUCUGGCGGUUAUACGACACCUUUGGUUUCCCAGAAGAUUUAACAAAGAUCAUGGCCGAGGAACGGGGCCUUGAGACUGAUGAUGCCGAGAUCGAGAUUGCCAAGGAGAAGGCCCGCGAGGCCAGUAAAUCCGUCAAGGAGACUUCGCACGAAUUCCCGAAGUUAAACGUGCAUCAGAUUGCCGAACUUGACCACCUCGGUGUGGUACGACCGAAUGACGAUGCCAAGUUCUCGAAGGGGGACAUUACUGCAAAGGUCCAACUGAUAUUCGAUGGCAAGAAUUUCCUGAAAUCAACAGAAGGACUAGAGACUGACAAGCCGUUCGCCAUCCUACUUGACAAGACCAAUUUCUAUGCCGAACAAGGAGGUCAAGUUGCCGAUACCGGCAAGCUCGUCAUUGACGGUGUUGCUGAGUUCAAGGUUGAGGAUGUGCAAGUUUAUGGUGGAUACAUCAUACAUAAUGGCUACCUUGAUUAUGGAACCCUGAAGGCAGGAGACGAAGUCAUCUGCGAGUACAACGAACUCCGAAGACAUCCUAUUCGCAACAACCAUACCGGCACCCACAUCCUCAACCACGCUUUACGAGAGCAUCUGGGUGAUGAUGUUAACCAGAAGGGGUCUCUUGUUGAUAAAGAUAAACUCCGCUUCGACUUCUCACACAAAGCCGCAGUCACUCUGGAAGAACUGAAGAAGAUCGAAGACUCAUCCAACUCUUACAUCAAGCAAAAUUGCAGAGUCUAUGCCAAAGACGUAGAUCUCGAUAUUGCUAAGGGAAUUGAAGGUGUUCGUGCGGUCUUCGGCGAGACCUACCCCAAUCCCGUCAGAGUGGUCUCCGUAGGUGUCGAAGUUGACGUUCUUCUUGCUGAGCCCCGGAAUCCCGAGUGGCGGAAAGUAAGCGUUGAGUUCUGCGGUGGCACUCACGUCGAACAGACCGGCCUGAUCAAAGAUCUCGUCAUCGUUGAGGAGAGUGGUAUCGCGAAAGGUAUUCGCCGAAUCAUCGCCUACACUGGCGACGCCGCUCACGAAGUCCAACGUCUUGCCGUUGAGUUCGCCCAGCGGAUCGAAGCCCUGGAGAAGAUGCCACACAGCGCAGAAAAGGAACAGCUGGUCAAGACAACACAAAAUGACCUCAAUCAGCUCACAAUUUCUACGUUGACCAAAGAGGAGCUGAAGACCCGUUUCGCCAAGGUCCAAAAGGACAUCCUUGAUGAACAGAAGAAGAAGCAAAAGGCCGAGUCUAAGGUUGCGCUGGAUACCGUUCACGGCCACUUUGCUAAGAACACAGACAGCAAGGUCUUCAUUGGCCAUCUGCCUAUCUCUGCCAACCCUAAGGCCAUUACUGAUGUUAUGAACCACUACAAGACAAAGGCGAAGGAUAAGACUGUCUACCUAUUUGGUGGAAGUCCUAGUGACGAGGCUGUUGUGCACGGAGUUUACGUUGGGACUGAGCAUGCAAGCAAGGGCGUUACUGCUGAGCAUUGGGCUGCAGCGGUCUCAGAAGUCGUGGGAGGCAUGUCCGGCGGCAAAGAGCCAACCCGAACUGGACGAGGCACCCGCCCCGACAAAGUCGAGGAGGCCGUUGCUGUUGCUGAGAAAUGGUUUGCGGAAAAGCUGAAGCUGUGA